UCCCUUCUCCGGUUCUCCCUCAGCGGCGGCUGCGCUUGGGCGAGGAGCCGAACCGAGCACGCCGCCGCCGCCGGGGCGUCGUGGUCACCGGGUUGGAAGCGGGGCGUUGGCGAGCACGUGCCUAAGAGGCGACGGCGGCGGAGAGGCAGCGUUCACCAGCCCCAAUCGAUUACUCGUCAGGAGCACUUGGAGUAAUCAUGGCAGGGAAAUCUGAGCAGAAAUCUCGGAAAGAGAGACGGAAAGAGGCGAGAUCGGAGAAGCAGAAGCUGCGGUUUCUCUCUUGGGUUCAGCACCAGGGUGGCAAAAAGAAGAAGCUGGCAAUGCCAGCAGUAGAGCCAAGCCCAGCAGAGGAGAAGAAACCAAAGAAAGAACCUGCUGCUGUGAAGAAAAAGAGGAAGAGGGAAGUAGAGGGUAAACACAAGCCCAAGUCGAACUUUCAGGAAUAUCUUGAGAUGGAGAUGGGUGGAGCUGUGAGCAUGGAGGAGGAUCUGGAGAUGGAGAGGAGGCUUGCGAAAAAGCUCAAAGUGAAGAAAGGAAAGUUGGGAGGUCCGGAUGAUGGUAUGGAUGAACUUUUUGCGGACCUUGGGUUUGGUGGCGACUUCGGGUUGGAUGAUGAAGCAAAUGCGUAUGAUUGGAAUGUGGAAGAUGACACUAAGCUGGACAGAAAAGGGAAAAAUAAAAAGAAGAAAGUCGAAAAGGAUGACAUGGAGACAGAGGAACUGAAUGUUGGGUAUGAAGAGAUCGAUCGGAAAAAGAAAAAGAAGAAGGUGAAGGAGGAUGACAUGGAGACGGAGGAACUGGAUGUCGGGGAUGAAGAGAAUGAACGGAAACAGAAAAAGAAAAAGAAGAAGGUGAAGAAGGAUGGCAUGGAGAUGGAGGAACCUGAUUACGUAAAGAAGAAGAAGAAGGUGAAGAAGGAUGACACAGAGGUUGAAGAUCCAGAUGACGGGGGUGUUGACAUGGAUGAAGAGAAUGAUGGGGCAGUUCUGGAAUCUGAGGAUGGAGAGGCUAAUGUGAUUGCACCCACAGAAUCAAAAGGGAAGUAUGUACCUCCAAGUUUGCGUGCUGCUUCCAAUUCAGAAUCAGAAGAGAUUGCUCAGAUGCGUCGGAGAGUAAGAGGACUUCUGAACAGACUCUCAGAGUCAAAUGUGGAGUCUAUUACUCAGGAAAUUGCCACGCUUUUUCGAUCUGUUCCACGAAGUGUUGGCUCUCAGAUAAUUGGUGAUGAAGUUUUGGCUAGCUGUUCCCGAGGACCUCGUGGCAAUGAACAGUAUGCUGCUGUUUUUGCAGCCUUUGUUGCAGGCAUGUCUUGCUUGGUUGGUAUUGACUUCAGCGCCAAGAUCCUUGCGUCCAUUGCUAAGACGUUUGAGGAUGAGUACUCAAAAGAAGAUGGUCUAUCUCUGAGAAAUCUUACCUUACUCUUCUGCUAUCUGUGUAUAUUUGGUGUCAUCUCAAGUGAUCUCGUGUAUGAUCUUCUAUCAACUCUGAGCAAGCGAUUGACAGAGCUGGAUGUCUCUACAGUAGUGACCAUCCUACAGUGCUGCGGAAUGAAGCUGCGGGGUGAUGAUCCAGGUGCUAUGAAAGAUUUUGUCCUCGGUAUUCAGAACUCUGCGAAUCAGUUGAAAUUGCACUCUGGUGUUCGAGAAGACGGAGAAACAGAAAGACACGGCAAAAGAAUGGAAUUUAUGCUCAAUACCAUAUGUGACAUUAAGAACAAUAAGAAAAGGCCUAAAGAUGAUCCUUCACACUCCUCAAACCAUACUCGAAUAAAAAAGUGGCUUCAAAAGCUUAAGGCAGAAGAUGUCCUCUUGCGAGGGCUAACAUGGAGUAGGCUUUUGGACCCUGAUAAGAAAGGGCAAUGGUGGUUGUCUGGGGAUGUUCCAUCCACAGCAGGUAAUAUUGAAGAUGUUGCUGCUGUAAUAAGCAAGGAUGUUGCGGAGACACAAAAGCUUCUUCAGCUUGCAGCAGCUCAGCGGAUGAACACGGACAUACGAAGAGCAAUCUUUUGUAUUAUAAUGAGUGCCGAAGACUAUGUAGAUGCUUUUGAGAAGCUCUUGAGGCUGGGUCUUUCUGGGAAGCAGGAUCGAGAAAUUAUAAGGGUCAUUGUUGACUGUUGUCUGCAAGAAAAGAUGUUCAAUAAGUACUACACUGUCCUUGUUUCCAAGCUAUGCAGCCAUGAGAAAAAUCACAAGUUCAGCUUGCAGUACUGCAUCUGGGAUCAUUUCAAGGAGCUAGACAAUAUGGAGCCAAACCGAACCAUGAACCUUGCAAAACUAGUUGCAGAGAUGUUGUCAAAUUUCACCCUCUCCCUCGCAACUUUGAAGGUUGUCAACCUGUCAAACCCAGUGGAGAUGACUCCGGAGAGGAUCACCCAUUUCCAAAUGCUGUUUGAGACCUUACUACGGAAAGACGAUGCGCUGGUGUGGAAUGUCUUCACCCGUAUCGCUGGUCUUCCAGAGCUCGAGAUAUUGAGAGAUGGCAUUGUGCUGUUCAUCAAGCGGCAUGUGAUUGCUGAGGACUCUGGGAAGGACUUGGCUAGCAAAUUCAAGAUUGCAAAGAAGGCACUUGACAAUGCUGCUGGAGUCCUGAUGUAAGUUGCAUGGGAAGUGGGGUUCAAACUUCAAAGUCGGUGCCUUCCAAGCCCAUUGCCAUUUUUUGCAUCUUCGACACCCUUGUUUUCAUUUUUCGCUUUGUUCUUUCGGAGAAAGAAAGGAUAAAGUCCUCCCUGUACCCAUACUAGGAAUUAGAGAAAAUGCUAUCCCGAAGUUUUACAUGAAGUUCCAUCCGGUCCUAACAACUUCGUAUCGAGUUGCAAUAAUGCGUUGUUGCUCAAA